GCGCCGGGUGGAGAGAAAGAUGCGGCCGGGAAACAGCGGCCGCCACUCUGGAGCGUGCGGCCCACCGAGUUCAGCAGGUGAGCCCCCGGCCCGGAUGGUGGGACCGGGCCCGGGCUCCCACCGCCACCUCCGCCUCGGGCCAGAGCUGUCUGGCCCCCACCCCCAGUUAGGGACCCCCGGGGGACAAGCCCCUUCUUCCCGCUGGGAGGGGGAGCCUCCUCACUCCAGGCAGCUCCAGCCUCUCUGGAUCAGGAUCGCAGUUCACAAUUCACGAGGACCUCAGCUGCAUUUGGACGCUUACGUCCCCUUUCCCAGGACUGUCAAUGGCAGGAUACCAGCUCUGGUCACCAUGGACCCCACUGGACGAGAGCUUCCAAUGGCUGCGGCACACAACACCUACACCUUCUUCAAAGCAUCCCUUUAGGGCUUCCCCCUGCUUCCCACAUACCCCUUCUGACCUUGAAGUGCAGUUAUGCUUUCAAGAGGUCACUCUAGUUCUAGACAGCCCAUUUCUGGAGCCUGGAGUAAGUCCCAAGUUACCCUGCCACACAUCAGAGCUCCGAAGCAUGAACAACAAGAAAGGGCUGGUCAAGAAGCCCCAGCCUGUCCGUCUCAGUGGAGUGGAUUCCGUGUUCGGCAGGGUCAUCACAGCUCAGCCACCAAAAUGGACUGGGACCUUCAGAGUUUCAGAUAAAUCAGCCUUUUGCAAAAUCAUCAGCCGGGAGAACCAGUGGCCUACUGGACUUAAGGAACCUCAGAUUCAGAUGACAGUGACCAUGUGCAAACAGAUGCUGCGCUCUAUCCUCUUACUGUAUGCAACAUACAAGAAGUGCACCUUUGCCUUGCAACACUCCAAGUAAAGGGUUCCCAUCUGAUUCCUCUUCCUCAUAUCAUGUCCUAUGCUACGUGCCUGAAGCUUACAGAAACCUGUCCAUGUAAAGGAAACUGACAUCACUCGAGCCAUCUUGCUUUUCUGUCAAGCAGUGACAAUUCAGGAACUCCUAUGCCACCCCCCCGCCCCGCCCAAAGGCCAGUGACAGAGCAAAGGAGAACAUUUCCACUGUAAAGCUGAACAACAUUUAAAAGAGAGUCAAACUAGUGUUGACAUGUACAUGUGAGAAAGAACCAUUAAACCAUAUAAACCAAUGAGCCUAGUGUGAACUCACUUAAACAUUGAAGACCACAAUGAGAUGGGGAAACAAAGGGUGUCAAGGAAGGAGAUUAUGGCUUUCCAUGUACAUGAGGAUGAAGGGGUCAAAAAUAUACAGACAGGUCAAGGAUUAAAAAAAUAAUAAAAAACAAAGCAAAUGAUCUCCCCCACCAAAUCAACAACCAAAACCCCUAACCAACCACAUCCUAGUAACACUGGAGUACAAAAGUGGGUAGUAAUAUUAGCAAAUAUUAAAGAAUAUUUAUAGCCUGGUAAGAAAGAACUUGGAAGCAGCAAUGAAACUGGGCUUUCUGGCAGAACACAAGAGAGCUCCGCAUUUUAGCACUGUUCUAACAAAUCUAUAGGUGUAACUCAGAAUAAUGUGGAAAUAAACAUAUAUACAAAGUCAACACAGGUUUGAUGGUG